UAAAAUAAAAAUAAAAUUGUGAGUGGGAAAGGUAGAGUUUUUGUUAGCUUGUUAGAUUACAAAUAACAGCUCAUUAAUAAAAGGGGAAGACAGUGAGUUUGUUCAAAACCAGUUUAACACUGCUUCAACUAUUACAACUCAGUCCAAAUCCACCCAGUAGAUCUCUCGCUUUUCUCUUUCACUCCCAACCAAAAGACCAAAGUGAGAGAGAAGGAGAGAGAUGUCAAGGCGAUCUGGGACUUGCGUGAGGUGUUGUUUGGUGGUCUUUGCCAUUGCUUCCGCACUCGCUGUCUGCGGUCCUGCCAUUUAUUGGAGGUUCAAGAAGACUCUAAGCUUAGCCGAUCCAAAGUCUUCUUCUUGUCCACCUUGCAUCUGUGAUUGUCCUCCUCCUCUCUCUCUUCUCAAGAUUGCUCCUGGAUUGGCCAAUCUCUCGGUCUCAGUCAUGCUGAUUGACACAGAUUGUGGAAGUAAUGACCCGGAUCUCAAGCAGGAGAUGGAGAAACAAUUUGUGGACCUUCUAACCGAGGAGUUGAAGCUGCAAGGAACAGUUGCUGAGGAGCACGCCCGACAUAUGAACAUCACUCUUGCUGAUGCAAAAAGGGUGGCAUCUCAAUACCAAAGAGAAGCAGAAAAAUGCAAUGCUGCGACAGAAACUUGCGAGCAGGCCAGAGAGCGUGCCGAAGCAUUGCUCAUCAAGGAGAGGAAGGUGACCUCUAUGUGGCAACGGCGAGCCCACCAAAUGGGUUGGGAAGGGGAAUAACCAUCUUCAACAUUUGAUCACAAGUUUUCAGGUUCAACUGCUGAUUUAUACCAUACGCAGUAUUUAUACGUGCAGCCAAGCCAAUUGCUUGGAUUUGACACCUUGUUAAGUUUCUGUCUCCCUCACUCUUUUUCUCUCCAAUUGUAGUUGCAAUGUUCACAAAUAGCAUGUAUGAUGAGUUUUGUUACUUUGUAAACGAAUUUAUGGAUCCUUAGCUCUGUCGUGACCAUAAUGAUAUAAUUUGAUAAACUGUCGGUGUACAACCCAAGUGUUUCAUUUGGUUAUAAAUUUACUUAUACCAACAAAUUCUUGAGCCAGUUCUUUGUUA